AUGGGUUUGGGCUCAAAGAUCAAGAACGCGCUCCACAGCGACGACUCACACGGAAGCCAGCAGCCCCCCGGGGCAUUCCCUUCGGAUCCCGCCACCACGACAAACACCAAGCACAACACUCCAGGCACCACAAGUACCACGGGUACCCACACCGGCAGCCAUACGACCGGUGGUUACUCGGGUGGUACGACCAGCCCGCAUACCGGUCCGCACAGCGGUUCCCAUACCGCCGGUAACACUACGACAGGGUAUGAUGAUCCCGAUGGUGUUCACGGCCCUCACGGCAAGAGGACUUUGAACAAGGCCGAUCCUCGUGUAGACUCGGACCGUGACCACCGCGGCGCUCCUGGCUCUGGCUUGACUGGUAGCAACGCCGCCCACGGCCACACUUCGGGCUCCGGUCUGACCGGCAACAACACCACUCACAGCGCUCAUGGCACAACCACCGGUUCUGGUGUAACCGGGAGCAACACCACGACAGGUUACGACGACCCAGAUGGUGUCCACGGCCCCCACGGCGGACGUGCGGCCAACAAGAUCGACCCCCGUGUCGAUUCUGACCGCGACCACCGCGGUGCUCCCAACUCCGGUCUGACCGGAAACAACACCUACGGCACUAGCACCGGCCCCGGUCACGCCGGAGGGUUGAGCAGUAACACCCACGGCGGGGCGACCGGCGGUCUUACCGGAAACCAUACCACGGGCUAUGACGACCCCGAUGGUGUCCACGGCCCCCACAGCGGACGUGCGGCCAACAAGAUCGACCCUCGCGUUGACUCCGACCGCGAUCACCGCGGUGCUCCUGGCGCUGGGCUGACGGACAACCACCGUCCCACCGAUUCCGGUGUUGACUUCGGCAAUGGCCCCGGCCACAACAGACCGUACCCCGGCAAGAACCUCCACAACACUCAGGACCCUUACUGGGGUGAUGUAGGUCGCGAUGGUCACACGGGUACUCACAGCACCCAGGGUUCUGCCGGUACCCUUAACAAGGACCUGCCUCUGCGUCCCAACGAAUCCGGUCUUGGCCGGGGAGGUCCCCAGGCAGUUGGCGGGGGCACCUACAACGCUGCCGACACUCACCACCACGACCCUGCUUCCGGCAUUGACCGCUCCAUGGAGGGACGUGACUUCACCCAUCCCCAUCAGGGCGGCAACGCCGGCAUUGGCGGUGCCGGCAGUGACCCGUACAGCGGCGUUCACGGAGCUGCUCACAAUCCUCAGGCAGCCCUUGCCGGCGGCAACUCGAGCGACCCCUAUGACACCCGCAUGAGGGACAGGGACAUGGGCCGCGAGCGUACUGGCCACGGUGCCGCUGGCGCUGGCAUUGGUGCUGGUGUCGGAGCUGGUGCCGCCAUGGCUGCUGGUCAGGCUGCCCACAAGCAUCACCGGGACGACAUGCACGAGUCGGGCCUCGGCCACAACACCGCUUCCCACGGUGCUUCCAACACCCAUGGUGGUGUUGGUAGCGGCAUCGGCAGUGGUGUUGGCAGUGGUGCUGGUGGUAUCGGCGGUGUCAACGACCACUCCCGCUCUAGCAUCACCGGUAACGAGCCUGGCGUGCCUAGAACCAGUAUGCUCGACCCCUACAACGAGGCUCCCACCGCAACGGGCGUCCAAGGCAACGUCUCCGGCGGCAAGGGUGGACACUAUGGGGGGCGCAGCGGAUCUCCCCCGUUCAACCAAGGUACGCACAAUUCCAAUAUCUCGGGCACCACCGGCCUGGGAUCCAGCAGUAUGGGUCCUGACCAUUAUGGCCCAGGACACGAAGGAGCCAAGGUUGUCCAUACCUGCACCCGCUGUGGCGAGGACAAUGACAUUAGCAGGUACUUCAAGAAGGAUGCGGUUUACCGCAUGGGUUGA